CCGACCACGUAAAGAAGAGAGCCGGACCAUGGUGUGGGCGCCCGAGCUUCUCCCCCGGCAAUGGAUCACAUUUCUUCUAUGGAUGCUGAACUCCCAGUUUUCCAUGCCUGUUGCCUGUGAUGGAAGCAAUUGAUGCUAAUGUGAGCUCAACUGAGGGAUUUGGCGUGGCAGAGAAGAUUGCACUGCUCACCUUCAUCUCUGCAGUUAUUCUUAUGGCUAUCCUGGGAAAUCUGCUGGUGAUGGUGGCUGUAUGCAGGGAUCGGCAACUCAGGAAAAUCAAGACCAAUUAUUUCAUAGUAUCUCUUGCCUUUGCUGACUUGUUGGUGUCAGUUUUGGUGAUGCCAUUUGGAGCCAUUGAGCUGGUUCAGGAUAACUGGAUUUAUGGGAAAAUGUUCUGUUUGGUCCGGACGUCUCUAGAUGUUCUGCUCACGACAGCGUCGAUUCUUCACCUCUGCUGUAUCUCAUUAGACAGGUACUAUGCUAUCUGCUGUCAGCCUCUAGUUUACAGAAAUAAGAUGACUCCAAUGCGCAUUGCUCUAAUGCUGGGAGGCUGCUGGGUAAUCCCAACGUUUAUUUCUUUUCUCCCUAUAAUGCAAGGCUGGAAUAGCAUUGGCAUUGUAGACCUGAUACAGAAAAGACAGUUCAACAAGGUGUCCAACUCCACAUACUGCAUAUUUAUGGUCAACAAGCCCUAUGCUAUCACUUGCUCAGUGGUGGCCUUCUACAUUCCGUUUCUGCUGAUGGUGCUAGCCUACUACCGAAUAUAUGUUACAGCCAGGGAGCAUGCUCACCAAAUAGGAAUCCUCCAGCGUGCAGGGGCACCGACAGAUGGGAGACCACACCAUCCAGAUCAGCAAAAUACGCACCGUAUGAAGACCGAGACAAAAGCAGCCAAGACUCUCUGUAUCAUUAUGGGAUGCUUCUGUUUAUGCUGGGCACCCUUCUUUAUCACAAACAUAAUAGACCCUUUCAUAAAUUAUACAGUUCCAGGCCAGCUAUGGACUGCUUUUUUGUGGCUGGGGUACAUCAAUUCAGGACUGAACCCCUUCCUUUAUGCAUUCUUGAACAAGUCUUUCAGACGUGCCUUCCUUAUCAUCUUGUGCUGUGGUGAUGAACGAUAUCGAAGGCCUUCCAUAUUGGGGCAAACUGUUCCAUGUUCCACCACCACUAUAAAUGGAUCAACACAUGUACUAAGGUACACAGUCUUGCACAACGGACAUCACCAGGAACAUGACAAGCUUCCAAUCCACAAUGACCCAGAAUCCCAAGAAUCCUGCUUUUGACUAAGGGCCC